GUGAGGAAGACAUGCAGACACGGCGGACAUUCGCUACAACCCAGCCUUCCACGGCCAAGGUGUCAAAGUCUAUACUUGCCAUUCUGCAGUAUUACCAAUGGAAAAGGGUGACCUUGGUGGUGGGUGCAAGCUCAAUAUGGAACGAGACAGCCGAUAGCCUGAAGACGCUCAUGAAGGACCACAACAUCCGGUUGCAUGACGCCAUAUAUUUCCCGGAACCUUACGCAUCCGGCGAGGAAAUGUAUCAAAUUGUUGAAAAGUCAUACCAAGUGACGCGCAUCUACGUGUUUCUGGGUGACCACCACGGCCUGAUUGACUUCAGUCGUCUGCUGAAGGCGCACGUGGAGGACCGGAUAUCCGAGUACGUCGUCAUCGCCGUGGACGAACGCCUGUACACAGAGGACCCGCACACAUACCUCCUCAAAACACCAUUCGAAUCCAAAGACGAUUUAAACACUUAUCAAGUACAGUCGUUCGAGACGGUCCUACUGCUGGUCCCUCGUCCGCCCCUUAAUGACGACUGGGACCACUUCCUGGAUGACGUCAGACGCCGGAACACAAUGCCUCCAAUCAACGGGUUCGCACAGGUCUACAAAGGAUCCGCGAUAAAGGUUCCAAUCUUCGCCGCCUUCCUGUACGACGCCGUGCACACGUACGCUCUAGCCCUGCACGCGACGCUUACAUCCGGGGACGACAUGCGCAACGGCACGGCGCUUAUAGCUCACAUCCGCAAUACUACAUAUACAAGUAUCCUAGGUUACGACGUCUACAUCGACCGCCAGGGGGACGCGGAGGGCAACUACACGCUCCUCACUUUCGACGUCCACCAACCUGACUCCAAGGUAGAGCUACUUCCGGUUGGCAACUUCCGGAUGACCCAAGGUGGCGUCGGCAUACCAGAGUUGAACCUGUUCCGGGAUAUCAAGUGGAGGAACGGCGGCCCGCCUCGAGACGAGCCAAAAUGCGGCUUCCACGGAGAGAAGUGCGAGCACAAGUCACCACUUUGGACGAUUCUGUCCGUUGUCAUAGCAAUUGCGGUCAUUGUCGGGAUAGCAGCCGGCUUUGGUGUGAGACACUACAUGUACGAGCAGAAGCUGGCCCGUCUGUUGUGGAAGGUUGAUUUCAAGGACAUCGCCCCGCUCGUGCAGUCCGUGGAUGAGAACCUCUUACCACCUAACAUGAAGAAGAAGAAAAGGUCCAAGAGCCAUCCGUUCAAGUUCAUAUUUUCCUACGAUAACGAGUCGGAGCGAACCACGCUGCUUGGUGAGGAAGUCAAGCGUGACAGCUCGUUCAGCAGCGCCAGGGCCCAGCGCUGCCUCAUCGGCUGCUACAAAGGCACUGUGGUGUCCAUAAAGCACAUCUCGAGGCGCCACGUUGAGAUCGACCGAGAUCUCAAGAAGCAGUUGCAGCUUCGCAAGGAGCUCAACCAUGACAACGUGGCUCGCUUCAUCGGCGCAUGCGUGGAGUCCCCUCACGUGUACAUCCUGACACAGUUCUGUCAGAGGGGCAGCUUACAAGACAUUCUGAAUAAUGAAGAUUUCAGUCUGGAUGAUAUGUUCAUAUCCUCUCUGGUGUCCGACCUUAUCAAAGGUAUGACAUUUAUCCACGACAGCGAGAUCCAUUACCAUGGCAACCUGAAGACCAGCAACUGUCUGGUGGACGCACGUUGGGUUCUCAUGGUUACGGACUUUGGACUGCACAGGCUAGAAAACGGGCGCGCUAGCAGCUUCCCGGACCAACAAAACUAUUACGAAAGUGUGUCGCCCUCCCCACAGAACUACUAUGAAACCUUAGUGUGGCGCGCACCGGAAGUACUCAGAAGCACGAGCCGAGAGGCUGUGGGCACGCAAAAGGCGGAUGUGUACGCGUUCUCGCUUAUCAUGCACGAGCUGAUAGGCCGGAAGGGUCCGUGGGGAGACACCGAGUAUUCCAGCAAAGAAAUCAUUGAGCUACUACGGAGCGAGAGUCCCUCGAUCAGACCGGAGAUGGCAAACCUGGCGUGCGAGCCAUACAUAAGCGACUGCAUCCGGGACUGCUGGGCGGAAGAUCCGGAUAUGAGACCAACAUUCAAGGACAUCCGUGUGAAGCUGAAGCCGAUGUUGCAGGGAAUUAAGUCAAACAUAUUGGACAACAUGCUGUACAUGAUGGAGCGAUACUCCAAUAAUCUGGAGAGUCUGGUCGCUGACCGCACAGAGUUGCUGUUCGAGGAGAAAAAGAUGACGGAGAACCUACUGCUUAGGAUGUUGCCAAGGUUCGUUGCUGAGCGGCUGAAGAAAGGUGAGCCGGUAGUACCGGAAGUUUACGAGUGCGUCUCAAUCUACUUCUCGGACAUCGUGGGCUUUACCGCCCUGUCAGCGGAGAGCACGCCUAUGGAGGUCGUCUGCAUGCUUAACGACCUCUACACGUGCUUCGACGCCAUCGUGGAGAACUUUGACGUCUACAAGAUUGAGACAAUUGGCGACGCGUAUUUUGUUGUGAGUGGUCUGCCCUUGCGAAACGACGACCUGCAUGCGGGCGAGAUAGCGUCUAUGUCCCUGCGCAUGCUUCAAGAAAUAAAACGCUUCAAGAUACGUCACAGACCUAACGACACACUCAAGUUGCGGAUCGGUCUGCAUUCCGGGCCUUGCGUGGCCGGAGUGGUGGGUUUGAAGAUGCCGCGCUACACGCUGUUCGGUGACACGGUGAAUACAGCGUCCCGCAUGGAGUCCACGGGAGUCCCCCUGAAGAUCCACUGUAGUGAGACUAUCACGUGUCUGCUAAGGAAGCUGGGAGGCUACCAACUUACUGAGAGAGGCAUCGUCAACGCCAAGGGUAAAGGCAAAAUGCUGACCUAUUUCCUCGAGGGUGAGGAUGAAUCUCACCGGCAGAGCCGCAUCUCUCACGCCCGCCUUUCCGGUAAAAACACGCCAAAUGGUGACCUCAAUUCAGCGGGCGAGAUCUUUGGUGCGCCUAUAAUCCAUCCACGAUAUUGGACCAAUGGAUUCAAUAACAGCUCAUGUGACCUCUCCCCGGUGUUCCCGAACUACAAUCCCAACAUUCCACUAAUAGAUGACUGUGAUUGCCCCGAGGAAAAUGUGUUUGACAAAGCUUUCAAUGCGCAUGACGCUCCCUCUCAGAAAGGUAUGCAGAGGAGCGGUUCCUCGCAGCAUCCUCAUGCUCUCAACUCAACAUGCAACUCAAAACUUCAAGAUCUGACGACCGGUACCCAGCCGGCUAAACGCCCGAUGAGACUUGGUAGACAGAUAUCGGAUUCGAUCGACGGUGGACAAACUUCAGAAACAUUGAAUAAAAUAACGCUGGGACUGCUGCAUAGAAAUUUAUCUUUCCCGUCGUACAUGAUUGCAGAGGACAGCGUCUGACAGGGAGGCGACCAUC